AUGGGCUUGAGUGAAGAUGACAAAUCAACAGAGAGGAAUUGUAAAGGAGUGGCAAAGAGAGCAAAAUGUGGCUCUUCUACAACUACUCUGAUCAAAGAACAAUGGACAGAUGAAGAAGAUAAGAAACUGCUCAAUUUAGUGACGCAGCAUGGAGUGAGAAAAUGGGCUCAAAUAGCAGAGAAUAUGGUUGGCAGGGCUGGAAAACAAUGUCGGGAGCGGUGGCACAAUCAUUUGCGCCCUGAUAUCAAGGCAGAAAUUGCCAAGAGAAUACCGGGAAGGACCGAAAAUUCAAUAAAGAAUCACUGGAACGCCACCAAAAGAGAGCAAAAUUCAAAAAGGAAUAACAUCAAGAAACCACAAGGUAGCCAGAAUGGGAAGUCUCAAUCUCUACCCUCCAUACUCCAAGACUACAUCAAAAGCAUGAAUCCAUCUAAUAGGGCCGCCACCACCACUGGCUCCACCGUCACUGAAGACUUCUCAACCCAUUUUGCUCCUCUCGAGGACUUAUCUGAUUCCUCUAUUGAUGACUCUCCAUAG